ACCAAGGGGACAGUUUAGAUGCAUGAAGUGUGAAAGAACUGGAUUUAGCGAGUUAGAGCACUUUAUCUCGCAAGUUAUUUGAAAAAAACAAGAAGAUUCAACGCGCGUUCCCGAGGAUUGCGUUUGUGCCGCACACAGGAACCGCUAGUGUUUCCUAGGAACUGUGUUGCACCACUGAUCCGACCGUGACAACAGCAUGUCGUUCAACUUUGGAGCCGCUACAGGCACCCCAGCCAACCAGGGUACAACUGGGUUCUCACUUGGUACAUUCACUCCCAAAACAACUUCUUCAGGCUUUGGUUUUGGUGCAAAUACUACUACAGCUGCAACGGGCUUUGGAGGUACUUUUGGAGGAUUUGGACCAACGACCACUACAACACAGUCUGGUUCUGCCUUUAACUUUUCUGCUCCAACUAACACUGGUACAGCAGGGUUGUUUGGCACUCAAAACAAAGGUUUUGGGUUUGGAACUGGCUUUGGAGCAAGCACAGGACUUGGUACUGGACUUGGCGCAGGUCUAAAUUUUGGAGGAUUUAAUACUCAGCAACAACAGCAGCAGACUGGACUUGGCCUUUUUAGCCAACCUGUUCAAAACACUCAGAACACAGUCCAGUCUAAUCAGCUGAUACAUACCGCAAGUGCUCUUUCUGCGCCUACUUUACUUGGGGAUGAGCGAGAUGCUAUACUGGCAAAAUGGAACCAGCUUCAAGCCUUUUGGGGAACUGGCAAAGGAUAUUUCAACAACAACAUCCCUCCAGUGGAAUUCACACAAGAAAAUGCAUUUUGUAGAUUUAAGGCUGUGGGUUUCAGUUGCGUUCCUAACAACAAGGAUGAAGAUGGCCUGUUAGCUCUUGUAUUUAAUAAAAAGGAGUCUGAAAUCAGAGCACAGCAAGCCCAGCUUGUAGACUCUCUCCAUAAAGUCCUUGGAUCAAAUCAAACUCUUACUGUGAACGUGGAAGGUGUUAAAACAUUGCCAGAUGAUCAAACUGAGGUUGUAAUAUACGUUGUUGAGCGUUCUCUUAAUGGGACAUCUAGAAGAGUUCCAGCCACUACUUUAUACAGUUAUUUUGAACAAGGAAAUAUCAAAACACAUCUUCAGCAGUUGGGAGUUUGUCUAAGUAUUGCCAGAACAGAGCUUUCUCCAGCACAGAUCAAGCAGAUUCUUCAGAAUCCCCCUGCAGGAGUGGAUCCAAUUAUUUGGGAACAAGCUAAAGUAGAUAAUCCCGAUCCUGAAAAACUAAUCCCUGUUCCGAUGGUUGGUUUCAAGGAGCUUCUGAGAAGACUUAAGGUCCAAGAUCAGAUGACAAAGCAGCACCAGUCAAGAUUAGAUAUAAUUUCAGAAGAUAUUGGAGAGCUACAAAAGAACCAGGCCACAACUAUGGCCAAAAUUGCUCAGUAUAAAAGGAAACUGAUGGAGCUUUCUCACAGAGUUCUUCAGGUUUUAAUAAAGCAAGAAAUUCAAAGAAAAAGUGGCUACGCCAUCCAAGCGGAAGAGGAGCAUCUACGUGUUCAAUUGGAUACAAUCCAAUGUGAACUUAAUGCACCAACUCAGUUCAAGGGGAGACUUAAUGAACUUAUGUCACAGAUCAGAAUGCAGAAUCAUUUUGGAGCAGUAAAAUCAGAAGAAAAGUAUUAUGUAGAUGCUGAUCUAUUGAGAGAAAUCAAACAGCACUUAAAGCAGCAACAGGAAGGGCUGAGCCAUUUAACUAACGUUAUCAAAGAUGACCUGGAGGAUAUAAAGUUGAUUGAACACGGGCUAAAUGAUAAUCUUCACAUCAGGAGCGGGCUCUUCAGUUGACACAGAUUCUGACUCCGAAGCUGAGCUGGGGCUUUCUGACUCUGCAUAGUUUUCAGUGAAUCCAACCUGUCUGCGACACUUCUCAAGUUCUUCAUUCACUGACUGCCGAACACGCCUGGAGAUCUCUCUUCUAUCAAUAGUCAUAUUGGUGGGGCUACUAGCAGAUCUUUUCCCCUUGUAGUUACUUGGCAGCAUGCUAGGACUGGAGCUGUAUGAGAAUGAGCCACUUCUUUGAGCUGUCAAAUAGGUUUCCACAAUCAAAUUGUUAUCUCCAUUAGCACA